AUGGAUAUAUUCAAACUAACAGAAAAGUUCUCACCUGAACUAUUGAAAGAGGUGAUGGGUGCAUACUUGUCAUUACAGCCAACCGAACUAAAACGAGUCAAUCAACUGAUAAAGAUGUGGAUGGACCUCCAAGACAUUACAAGAACACAGAUUGAAAGUAUAGUGGUCGGACUCAGCCAAGCUCAAAAGGUUGCACUGAUCAAGGUGCUAACUAUGUUUUUGCCAAAGCAACUCAAAGACAAGGCUCGUUUGGUGAUUCGUGUGAUCGACCCAAGCAUUCUAGAGGUCUAUACCGAUGAAUUUAUCAAUAUCGUUGCCACUCCAGAAGGUAUUCAAGCAUCAAGAUCAAUCCUUGAUCUAGUCGGACACCCUCCUCCUUCAAGAGAUAUGUUUGUUCGUUCAAAUGCAUCUACUGUCAACAAUCAAACACCAUCAUCAUCGUCAUCAUCAUCAUCAUUUGAAAAUGAACUAUGUAAUAGUUGGUUCAAAGCAGAGAAUGGUGUAAUCAUGCACAAAGAUGAAAAGGGUGUUGUUACUGAGGCAGAAACCAACCUACAAAUAAUCGAGAUGGUAGUGUUGGCUGACCGACAACCACAUUUAGAGGAACCAUACGAGAACCUAAAGCUCAUUGAAAAGGAGUUUUUAAAGGUACUUGGUUUGAUAGUCUCCGAUCUCAGUCCUGGAAAGAAUUUACCCGGUGACCUUGAACCUCCCUUUCAUUACAUGGCCCUUUUAAAAGUGGUACCUAUUCAUAACGUCGGUGACACUAAACCUCGUUGGGCUAAAUUUGAUAAAGAUCGCCAAGGAUAUAGAUUAUACACAUUAGCAAACCCAUUUGAUGAUUCCUCUACCGAAUCUAUUCGUUUGUCAUUCCCAAAUCUUAUCCUAUUGGCUCAUCACCGUGGUGAUAUAGAACUACCAAUUGAUGAAGUUUACAAUGUUGCCAUCCGAUUCAAACAACCUGCUUCUGCCGUCUCUAAUUUUACCCAGUUCCUACAAACAGACUUUGACAACCAACAACAAACUGAUUUUGAUGCUAUCUUCAAAUUGGUAGAAGCUAUCAGUUAUGCAACUUGUUAUUCUCCAAUAGAUACUCUAUCAAUGUACCUAGGGGAAACUAUUAACUAUUCUGCUCAACAAGCUUGGAGUUCACUUGUCAAUAGUCAAGAAUACAAGAAUGAAAAAAGAAAUAGAAAUAUGUUAAUGAUAGAAAUAUUUCAAGUGUUAAUUAAAUAUAGAUUUAGUAUAAAUGUACAUAUCUCAUUAAAAAAUAUGGAAGAGAUAAUUAAAUUAUCAACAAAGUAUUCACCUCAAUUUGUGAAAGCUGUUGUAGGUGGAUACUUGUCUUUGGGUCCAUUAGAACUAAAGAGAAUCAAUCAAUUUAUCAAUAUGUGGUUGGGAGGUCUCAAAGAGAGUACAAGAACCGAAAUUGAAAGUAUAGUGGUCGGACUUUCUCAAGCCAAAAAGGUUGCGAUGGCCAAAACUUUGUCCACCUAUAUGCCAAGACAACUUCGAAAACAAUUUCUAUUGAUGAUUAAUCAGAUAGAUCCUAGUAUUCUAGAGACCUACACUGAUGAAUUUAUCAAUUCUAUUGUCACUCCAGAAGGUAUUGAAACAUCAAAGGCAAUCCUCAAACUACUCAGAAACCAACCAUCAAGUAAUGAUAUAUUUGCAAAUACACAUCAUUAUGAUUCUAUCGAGAUCGAUCAUGAAGGCAAUCAAGCUCCACCACCAUCAUCAUCGCCACCAUUGUAUGAAAAAGAACUAUGUAAUAAUUGGUUCCGUGACAAGAAUGGUACUAUCAUGUUCAAGAAUCAACAAGGGAUAGUUGAAGAGGCAGCAACCAAUCUACAAGUAAUCGAGAUGGUUGUGUUGGCUGACCGACAACCACAUUUAGAGGAACCAUACGAAAACCAAAAGAUGAUCGAAGAAGAGUAUUUAAAGGUGUUUAGAUUGAUGGCUGAGGAUCUCAGUCCUGGAAAAGUCGGUCAAUUACCAGGUAACCUUCAACCUCCCUUCCAUUACAUGGCACUUUUAAAAGUGGUGCCCACUGACCAUGUCGCUGAACCUCGCUGGGCAAUAUUUGAUAAAGAUCGUAAUGGUUACCAAUUAUAUACAUUAGGGGGCAAAUUUGAUGAUUCCUGUACUGAAUCUAUUCGUUUGUCAUUCCCAAAGCAUAUGUUAUUGGCUCAUCACCAUGGUGAGGAUAUAGCACUACCAAUAGAUACAGUUUACAAUAUUGCCAUCCAAUUCAAACAACCUGCCUCUGCAAUCUCUAAUAUCUACCAAUUCCUACAACAAGGAGAUGAACAGUUGGAUGACAAUCAAAAUGAUUUUGAUGCUAUUUUCAAGUUGGUAGAAUCGAUUGGUUAUGCAACCUGUUUCUCGCCUAUAGAUACUCUAUCAACAUACCUAGUAGGGGAGACAAUCAGCCAUUCAGCUCAACAAGCUUGGAAUUCACUUGUCAAUAGUCAAGAAUACAAGAAUGAAAAAAAGAAAUAG